AUGCGUUACACCAUCUUUACUCUGGCCGCAGCUGCCUCACUCGCUUCAGCGCAAUCCACUUCCUCUCCUGCCAGCGCAUCUCCCACAGGCGCUCUCAUUCCUGUUGGCGAGAACUGCGAUCCAAACGGCACACCAUGCGCCCUUGGUGCCAACUGCUACGCAACAAACUCAAUGCUCCAGACCGUCUGCGGUAACUUCCAGGCCUCAUGCAGAAACGACCAACAGUGCGCGUUCAACACCUGUAACCUCGAGCAAGGUCUCUGCAACGGCUUCAUCGCUCCCUCCUCGGCCGCGUCGUCCUCGGCGUCAGCAACGAUCACCACCACACCCACUGCGCCCGGCCCAAUGCCUGCUCCCUCAUCAACCAUCGUCGCCCCUGCUGGAUCUCUGCCCCUCGGCGCCGAGUGCAACCCGUACGUUAACCCGGAUCAAUGUGCCAAUGGUGUGCAGUGCUGGGCCAGCAAUGCCAUGUUGAUUGCUCGCUGCGGUAAUUUCAACGCGGAGUGCUCGAGUGAUGCGCAGUGCGCUUACAACGUGUGCAACGGCGGACUUUGCAGAGGUUUCUUGCCAUCCAGCGCCAUGCCUGUUCAGCCAUCCAGCGCCAUGCCCGUUCAGCCAUCCAGCAUGAUGCACUCCAACUCCACUUUGUCGAUGCAGCCGACUGGAACUGGCGCUGCUAGGCCUACUGGUAACGCGACUACCACUUCCACUGGUUCAGUGGAGUUCACUGGUGCUGCGUCUAUUGACAACGUCGCCGGUGGUGUUAUGGCGAUUGUGUUCGGAGCUGUUGCUUGGGCUUUGUAG